AUGUCGGCUCUCACGCGGGUGGUGCCUUUCGCUCGCGGCGGAGGAAGCCUCUUCAGAGGCCUCCGCGCGCGGGCGGCUGGAAGCGGAGUCCGUCAAGCUAGCAACAUGGACCAUGAAUACACUGGCCACUUCAUUCUCCAGUGGCCAAUAUACAAACCAGAGAGUACAGUAACAGCGAUGCUACUGUACUCUGCAGGUGCUCAGCGACCUACGGGUGUAGUAAUAGCCCUCGGUGA